UGUAUCCUCAAGAUGGAUCUUCAAACUCCACAUGACAAAAAGCUUGAAGACGAUGAGAAACUGGUUUGUAGUAGCAUCGACUCACCCCUUCACCAAGUGGCUCGUCUUCCUCAUAACCAUUCUUCCUACAAUGAAGAUUAUUCGUUUGAUUUCCCACCAAUCAGUUUUACAGCAUUCUUUGGAAGUAAGAUCCUAAGAACUUGCUUGAAAAAAGUAAAGCAAAAUAGCAUUAUUGGAAACAGGUCCUCUCACCUGGAUAAUAAUGAAUCGUGUGUUGCUCCUGGCUGUGAUUUGGAUUGGCAGCACAAACUGACUUCGGAACUGCAUUGGUACAAUACAUACGUACCAAGAGACAGAAAGCUUCAGCAUGACUAUACCUACAAAUACAAUCAGCAGAUACGUAAGGAAAUCGUGGCAUGUAUUUCAUCGUUUGUAGUCUCAACUACUGUCUUUCUAGGUAUUUUCUACAGCAUAUGGAGCAUCCUAUUAAAAAGUACCAGUGUCCAGCCACUGCAAAAAGAACAUGAUCACGACCAUUCCAUCUGGCCGUCUUUGCUCGGAUUGUUUGGUUUUAUGGUGCUUAUUUGUGCUGUUGCUGCAAUGAUUCUUGUUGGUGCGGUAUUCACUCGAACGCAGAAAGCUACGCUUAUCUUCUGGGUCGUUUUGAUGCAUCUCCAAUCAGCUAACUCAAUCAUCGAUGUUUUUGUAAUACUAAUCGGUGGACUUUUCAUGGGGUGGUAUGCUUUUUGGAGAAAAGCAACCACCAAAAGAAGUGAUAUGAAUAAAGAUGCUAAAAAGCUGUCAGCUCAAACAAUUAUAUGAAUGUGUGUGUUUAUUUUAAUAUCAAUGUUUCCUCUAGAAUUUAUGUUUGUAAUUUGCAGCUGUAAGAAGUACCUUAGCCUAAUGUUGUCAUUCAUAUUCAUAUCAUCAUAUGGAUUUGUAUACUGGGCAUUUUCAUGAAUCUCCCCCUCCUACUGGGAGUUGUUUGUUUCUCUUCAUCAAUCGACAUUGAUUAUUUCAA